AACACAUCAAUUGAUCUAUUUAUCCACCAUAAACUACAUCAAGACAACAGGUCCAUGGCUUCGACUGCAGGUCCAUGACUGGCCGGCCAGGAGAUGAGUGAGGGUGGAGACGACUCCUCGCCGGCGACUGGGGAAGAGGAAGCGUCGAUUCGUCGCUGGCCGGUUGCGAGAUGAGUGAGUGACAGAGAUUAGAGGGAGGAUGGGCUUCGACUAGCUGACGUUGGCGGCCCCUGAUGCUCGGUGGAAUGGUGGAGGUCGAUGGCGACAACUUCUGGUUUUCUGCCGCCGCAGCCGAGAAUCGAGAUGGGGAGAAGCUAGAGGGCGACAAUUCUGGUUUCUUUGUUCGAUUGCCACCAAAUCUCCUCUACUGCAAAAUUUAUUUUAUUCAUGCUGCCGUUUCAGCCUUAAUCCGGUUGUUCCGAUUAUACCGGUAUACCAGCGGUUAUAACCGGGUUGGAAGCCGGUACACCUAGGGCUGGGAAAAUAAACCAGACCGUCAGAAAAACCGUGGUCCAAACCGUACCGUACAGUUUGGUCCGGACCGUAGACCGUUAAGUAUGGUCUGGUCUGGUCCAUGGUCUGUACUAUUUUAUAUUUUGAUAUCUUGGUUUGGUCUGGUCUAGACCGUGGUUUACCAGACCAAACCGUGGACCCAACUGACUUGUAAAUACGUGUUAACAGCCCAUGCGACCACUCUCCCAACUCCCAAAACGACACCCAAGUCUCAACCUUAGUUUUGUGAAUCUCGUCCCUCCUUAAUUCACAACCACAUUUAACUAGAGAGUAGAGAUAAUCGUGUCUCCAUAUGACAUUAUGUUAAUGUUUAUGACGUUAUGGUGCAAGUUGGGAUGCUUUUACUUUGUAUCUUUGGUAUGUACUAAGAUUUAGAGUAUCAAAAUUAUUCAUGCAUGUUAGGAUUAAUGAUUUAAGGCAAAUAACAAUUAUUUUUCCUG